GCUUUGUUCAGCAUGGCUGCGCCCUGGUGUCGGCGUGUGUGUAAACAGUUGUAGCCAAGAGAAGAAAUACAUUGUAGUUUUCAUGAAUCAUUUCAACCGCACGACGAUCUUUGGAAUACAAUUACUCUCAUAUCAAGCAACAAGGCAAAGAUGAAGAUUAAAUCCAAGUCUUCGUAUCACAAAUCUGAGAACACCUACAGGUUUCUCACUUUUGCUGAAAGACUUGCCAAUGUCAACAUCGAUGUCAUCCAUCGCAUUGACAGGACUGGAUCUUAUGCAGAGGAAGUAGAAACAUACUUCUCUGAAGGUCUGACAAAAUGGAAAGACCUCAACUUGACAGAGCAUUUCACUACAUUUUUGAAAGAGGUUUCCAACAAGAGCCAGUCAUUCAACAUGCUGGUUUUCCAUCAGAAGUCGAUAGUGGAGAGUCUGAAAACGCACCUGACUGUCAAGAACAGUCUGGCCUACCAGCCACUGCUGGACCUAGUGGUGCAGCUGGCCAGAGACCUGCAGACUGACUUCUACCCCCACUUCCCCGACUUCUUCAUUCUGAUCACCUCGCUGCUGGACACCAAGGACACAGAGGUCCUGGAGUGGGCUUUCACCUGCCUCUCCUACCUCUACAAGUACCUGUGGAGGCUCAUGGUGAGGGACAUGACCAACAUCUACAGUUUAUACAGCACACUGUUGGCACACAAGAAAGAGCACAUCCGCAAGUUUGCCGCAGAGAGCUUCUCUUUUUUGAUGAGAAAGGUUCCAGAUCUUGAUGCCCUGCUGAGUCACGUGUUCUCAGAUCUGCAGCAGCACCCCGACAAGGCAGAGGGGGCAGGCCAGCUGCUGUUUGAGAUGUGCAAAGGAGUCCGAAACAUGUUUCACUCCUGCGCUGCAAAUGCUCUCCCAAUAGCUUUGCGUAAGCUCGGACCCUCAACCAAUCCAGGAGUCCCUCUGCCAUGGGACACUGUCAGGGACGCUCUGGAUCACACGGCCCAGGCUGCAGCCGAUCACGUUGACACAGAACACUUCUUGGUUUUGUGGGAGUCCUUACAGGUCAGUGUGGUGGAGGUCCUGGGUGUCAUGGAGGCAAAAGGAGAAGAGGCGGACCAGGCAACAGAGCAGCUGGAGAGGCUGCUGUUCAUUGUCCACACCCUGGUGUCCCACAGGGACGGAGCCAAGGUCACCAAGCCGGAGGCUGUCUGCCAGACGGUGUUGCGGCUGAUUCGGAGCUCGUCUCUGUCAGCUUCUUGCUCCCGUCUGCUCCUCCAGAUCACCUCCUCUCUGCUCCUCGGGGAGAACAUCACCCUGCCCAAAGCACUCAUCCAGGAGACGGUCCAUAAGGUGUUUGGCAGCACAAUGGGGCAAGAUCUGAUACUCGAGUUCACCAAGGAGAUGUUCACCAUGGAACAGUUUGAACAGCUCUUCCUCCCCAGCCUGUUGCGCUUCACCGCCGGGUUGUUCAGCUGCGGCGAUCCCCUGUCUCGCCACUGUGGCCUGGAUGUGCUGGUCAGUCUGAUCCUCGCCAAAGCCGCACCCUCCACAGAUGGCUCCAUGGCUUUUGAAACCUACCCUCUGCUCUUCACCGGACAGACCACAGGCAGAGUGUUUAGCAGCAAUCAGGCCAGCAGUACAACAUCAGAGCAGCCUGCUGUGCCAGAGCUGGUGCUGUCGCUGAUCACAUUUCCUGAGGAGCAGAACCAGGCUAUCACUGACCUGUCACUGCCUUGGGCCGCCCUGGUGCUUCUGCCACAUCUCAGGCCUAUUGCUCCUGCUAGCGUCGUUUCCGCUGUGACUGCUUUCUUAAACCACCUCCUGUGCGAGAUCGAGACGGAGAAACUGGGAAAAGCUGGUCUGUUUGUAGCCAGACAAGCCCUGAGCUGCCUCCUCACUCUGGACGGCUCCGCCCAGCUUCUCUCACUGCUCACUGUGGACAAGAUCAACUCAAUCCUACGGAAGUUUCCCACAGACCUGUCUGCCCUGCUGCUAGGAGACCUGUACUACACCCGCCUGUCACUCAGCGGGGUUUCAGAGCACCUAUCCCACAGUGCACUGCUGGAGCUCUUCCAGAUACUGCACGCCAACCUGUCCUCCAACAUCUCCAAGAUCCGCCUGCUGACUCUGAGGAUUCUCUCUCAGUUUGAGGCAGAGCUCCUUCCGCAGGCCGAGGGUGAGGAGAAUGUGGAGGUGCAGCCGGUGUUCGCAGUGUGCCUGCAGGCUGAGCUGGUGCCGGCUUCAGUACAGGACUACAGAGACAAGCUGCUCCACCUCCGGAAGCUGAGACACGACCUGGUGCAGCGCAGUCUGCCGCAGGGGCCGCCCGCCACCUUCCAGCAGGUGCCUCUGCGUUACCUCAUCGCAAUGCUGUUCGUCAAUUUCAGGCCACUGUGGGAUGCAGUCAUCGACCUUCUUGUGAGCCAUGCCAGAGGGAUGGACAACAAGGACUUCUGGAGGGUCUUCCAUGAACAUCUGGAGAUGGUGGCAGGGCUGGCUGAAAAAGAACUGCAGGAGAGUGACGAGGAUGAUGAAGAGGAAGAGUUGGGUCUCCAGGACGAGCCGGGCUGUGACGUCAUUGGAAGCGGAGACAUAGGGGUGCUGUUCCUAGAGCAGCUGAAGUCGACCUCUGACCCCAACGAGAGGAAGGACUUCCCCAACUUCCGCAGCCUGCUGUGGCGCUCCAUGGCCCAGUUUCCCGACAGAGUGGAACCACGCAGCCGAGAACUGAGCCCUCUGCUGCUCAGGUUCAUCAGGAAUGAGUUUUACCCCGCCGACCUGCUGGUGGCACCUACUCAGGACUUGAGGAAGAGGACUGAUGCUGCCCUAGAGGAGUCUGGGAUGGCUGUGGAGGAAGAGGAGGAGAGAGAGGAAGAGGAGCAGGAGGCCGAGGACGGAGGCAGACAACAGAGGAAGGCACUUCCGAGGAGAGCUGCUGCCAAACAACUGGUUGCCCAUCUGAAGGUAUUCGCCAAAUUCACCAACCCUCGCUCUCUCUACCUGGAGAGCAGCCUCAGUGAGCUGUAUUACCAGUUGCUCUGCCAUCAGGACCAGCAGAUUCAGCGAGUGGCACUGGAAUGUGUUCUCGCAUACAAAGACCCCAACAUAGUACCAUACAAGGAGAAUCUUGAGAGGCUACUGGAUGACAAACACUUCAAAGAGGAGAUUGUCCAUUUCAACAUUUCUGAGGAGACAGGAGUGGUUGAUGUUUCACAUAGAGCCAGACUCAUUCCACUGCUCAUGAGGAUCCUGUUUGGCCGUCUGCGCAGUAAAGCAGGCAGUAAGUUUCAGGGGAAGGCGAGCGCGGCCUCCCGGUCCUCCAUUAUUCUGCGCUUCCUGGCAGGUUGCCAGGCUGAGGAGCUGGGAAUAUUCAUCGACCUGCUGCUGGAGCCCGUCUGCCAUCACAGCCAAGGCUCCUGCCUGGCAGCAGUAGAGAAAGCAGUAGCUGAGACAGACGUGGGUGCCGUUCUGCCGCUGGGCCGCCAGCACAGCCUGCUGAACAUCAUCAAUGUGGUGAUCCAGAAACUGGGCCACCUCAUCCACAUCUACCUGCCCAAGGUGCUGCAGAUCCUGCUGUGUGUCACCGCCUCUGUGUCCACCGUCCUGGACAACAGGGACCAGCUGCGUGGAGGUUGCAUCAGUCCUCUGAAGAACCUGAGGCGACUCGGCAUCCUGAGGAUCCAGGACUUCUUUGACGGCUUCGACUCCUACAGCUUCAGCCAGGAUGAGCUGGAUGCUGUCUUUCAGGCUGUGGUCUGGCCCCAGGUGUGUCGUCUCCCCACAGAGAGCCCUUACUCCCCCACCCCUCUGCUGAAACUCAUCCAUGUGUGGUGCAAAAAUGCCAGGUACUUCCCCCUCUUGGCCAAGCAGAGGCCAAACCAGCCGGAGUGUGAUGUCCUCCUUAACGUCUUCGCCCUCCUCUCAGCCAAGAAUGCUUCCCCAGUGACCAUCGCCAUGGUAAUGGACAUAGCUGAGUCCCUAGCAACGACCGAAGACUUUGUUGCCACAGAGACUGAGGCAGAGCUGAGUGUGAACGGCUGUGUGUUCCCGCAGCCUAAAGAGGGCGCUCUUGUCACUGCAGACUCAUUAACUCAGGGCUCCAGACUGCUGCUGCCUCACAUAUCCACCCUGCUGCAGUACCUCAGCGGAGUCGUACGCAACACCGACAGACUCAAGAAGAAGAAGUUCAGGGCACAGGUGGCCAAAGAGCUCAACAUCCUCUCCAAGGUGAGUCGAUUUGUGAGCGACAAGGAGCAGAGCUCGGUGCUCAUCAGCCUGUUGCUGCCCUACCUCCAGAAAGCCAACAAUCCUCAAGAGACAGAAAUCGACAUCCUGGCCACAGUGCAGAACCUGCUGCGACAGUGUGUGCAACCCUCCGCCUUCCUGCGGCCGCUCAGCAAACUCUUCUCCAUCAUCCACAACAAGCUGCCCAGGCAGGCCCUCACUAAUGUCUUCCAGACUCUGUCAGAUCUGGAGCCCUCGCUCACGUACAUCACAGAUUUAGCAACAAAGCUUAACGCAUUUGACAGCCGACACUUGGAUGAGAUCUACUUUGACGUGCGUCUGACGGCUUUCCAAGACGCCACCAGGCGAGUCAAAGAUAUGACGACUCUGGACCUGGAUUACAUCAGCACCAUCAUACACAACUGCUUCCACACCUAUGAGAUUGGCGACAUGUCGCUGGCAGACAAUGCCACCAUGUGUCUGUCUGCAGUGAUCACCCAGCUGGCAGCGGUCGGGGCUGGAGAACAGAUCUACAAGGACAUCGUACAACACACCAUGCUGGACGCUGUCCACAAGGGGCUUCGCAGCAAGACAGAGAGUGUGCAGCACGACUACACCACCGUACUGGCCUGCCUGGUGAAGACCUUUCCCUCCAAGAAAGAGUUCAGAGACCUGGUACAGCUCACUGACUACAAUGACCUCGAGUCUGACUUCUUUGAGCACAUGAAGCACAUCCAGAUCCACCGUCGGGGCCGUGCCCUGAGGAAGUUGGCCAAGCAGCUGACCGAGGGCCAGGUGGUGAUGACACCUCGUUCUCUUCAGAAUUACAUCAUGCCGUACGCCAUGACCGCCCUACUAGAUGAAAAGAUGCUCAAGCACGAGAACAUGAUAUCGGCGUCGGUGGAGGUGGUGGGCGCGGUGUGUCGCAGGCUGACCUGGUCCAAGUACCUGUACUACCUGAAACACUUCGUCCACAUCCUGCAGACAGCGCAGGCUGAACAGAAACUGGCUGUCAGUUUGCUGGUCACAGUCCUGGAGGCUUUUCACUUUGACCAUCAGACCCUCAGCAGAGAAAUGGAGGCUGCCAAGGCCAGAGAGGCUGGGAGUGUUGCGGUUGACGCAGAUGAUGAGGAGCAAGCUGCAGCCGACGAAUCAGACGCAAGUGAUGAUGAGGAGGCAAUGGAGGUAGACAGUAAGACUGCUCCAUCUGACGUUCCCAUGGAAACAGACACCACUAACGGAGAAAAGGAUGUCGUCUCUAAGGACGCAGCCACCACUGGAGCCAAGGGGCCAGCAGCUCCUAAGCCCACCGCAGUGGCCAGCGGGCUGCCGCAGAGCAAAGAGGAGCUGGAGUCUCUGAUCAGUGCCAUCCACCAGACUGUUAAUAACAGCGUGCUGCCUCGCCUGCACAAGUGUCUCACUGCAAAGGUGAAGCGUGACGACGAGCACAAGGCAGUGAAGUCGAAGGAUGUGAAGGAUGAGGAGGUGGUGAGGAUACCGAUAGCCUUCGCCAUGGUCAAAGUGAUGCAGACUCUGCCUCAACACAUCAUGGAGGCCAACCUGCCUGGGAUCCUGAUCAAGGUGUGUGUGCUGCUGAGGAACCGUUUCCAGGAGAUCCGUGACGUGGCGAGGGGAACUCUGGUGAAGAUCAUCGAGACUUUAGGCUACAGGUACCUGCAGUAUCUGCUCAAAGAGAUGCAGGGGGUCCUGGUCAAGGGCUACCAGGUCCACGUGCUGACAUUCACAGUAUACCAGUUGCUGUCAGUCCUCAGUCCAACCCUGAAGAGUGGUGACCUGGACCCAUGCAUGAACAUGCUCAUUGAUAUCUUCAACAACGAGCUGUUCGGGGCUGUGGCUGAGGAGAAGGAGGUGAAGGGGAUCGUCUCCAAGCUGAUGGAGGCUCGACACAGCAAGAGCAUGGACUCCUACGAGCUGCUGGCCCAGUUUUGCAGCAAGGAAAGCGUCACCAAGUUCAUAUUGCCACUGAAGGAGAUCCUGGAGACUUCAUCCAGUCUGAAGGUGUGUAACCGGGUGGGUGCUGUGCUGCGGCGACUGGUCCUGGGUCUGCUUGUCAACGGGGGCAUGACUUCCAAGGAUAUCUUACUGCUGUGCCACGGCCUGAUCAGCCAGAGUCUGCCGCUGCUCACCAAGAGAGACCGAGAGAAAGCCUCAGCUCGGCCUCCCCCAGACCCCAGACUGGCCCCUCCCAGCUGCCUGCUCCUGCCUCCAACUCCUAAGAGAGGGGGUCAGAAAGCUCCGGUCAGCAGCCGAACCAACAUGCACAUCCUGGUGGACGCUGGCCUCAAGCUGCUCCACCUGAGUCUGAAGAAAUCCAAAGUGACGUCGUCUGAGGCCUCGGCUCUGGAGAUGCUGGAUCCUUUUAUACCGCUGCUGCUCGACUGCCUCAACUCCAUGCAUGUCAAGGUGAUCACAGAGGCUCUGGUGGCGUUCACUUGGCUGUUGAAGUUCCCUCUGCCAGGAGUGGAACAGAAUGCAGGCCAGCUGACCAAGCAGCUCUUUGUCCUGUUGAAGGAUUACUCCAAGGCCGGAGCCGCCCGCGGGGAGAACUACAACCUGGUCCAGAACUGCUUCAAGGCCAUCACCAUACUGGUUAAAAAUGUCAAAAGCAACAAGAUCUCAGAGACACAACUGCAGGUGCUGCUGGGAUAUGCUGAGGAGGACAUCUACGACCAGUCUCGCCAGGCCACCGCCUUCGGCCUGCUGAAGGCGAUUCUGUCCAGGAAGCUAAUUGUUCCAGAGAUGGAGGAGUUGUUGAAAAAAGUGGCCAAGCUGUCUGUCACCGGCAGCAACGCUAUGAUCAGAAUCCACUGUCGACAGAUCUAUCUAAAAUACCUGCUGGACUACCCACUGGGGAGAAGGCUGAGAGAGCACCUGGACUUUGUGGUGGCCCAGCUGCACUACGAGCAUGACACAGGCAGGGAGUCUGUGCUGGAGAUGCUGGCCUUCAUCUUCCAGACUUUCCCUCAGAACCUGCUGUUGCAGCACAGCAGCCUGUUCUUCGCCCCGCUAGCCCUGGUCAUGGUCAACGAUGAUUCAGCACGCUGUAAGAAAAUGGCUGCCAUGGCCAUCAAGGCCCUGCUGGCCCAGCUAGACUUGAACCACCAGAACACCCUGUUCUCCCUCGUCAACACCUGGCUUAAUGCAGAAAAGGCCAGCCUGCGGCGUCUCGGGGCUCAGAUUUGUGGUCUGUUUGUAGAGGUGGACGACGAGAAGUUUGCACGUCGCCUGGACGACCUGCUGCCUCUGCUGGAGAGAGAGAUAAACCCCGACAACUUUGAAGAUAUCGAAGAGGAGCAGGAUGAGAAAGGAGCAGACAGGCUGUUGUUCAGUUUUCUGACUCUCAUCACCAAACUGAGCAAACACUGCGGCCUGCUGGAGCUCAGCAAGCCUCAUGACACACUAUGUCGUAUCUGGGGUCACAUUGAAGCCCACCUGCGGUACCCUCACUGCUGGGUGUGGCUGACCGCCUCACAGCUUUUUGGUCAGCUGUUUGCAGCCCAUCAGGCGGAGCAGCUGGUGGCUGUGUGGAGAGGAGAGGGAGGAGAUGCUUCACCUCAGUCGGCAGCCACAGCCUUCAUCACCAACAGACUGGACAAGAAGAUGAGAGAGUUGGCGUUGUCUUUCUGCAAUCAGCUACAGUCCAAGUUCCUAGACACGGCGUCAGGAGAGCAGGUGAUCAAGAACCUGCUGUUCGUCGGCAAGGUGAUCUACCUCAUUUCCCCCGAGUCUGACGUCGCUUCCCCUCAGGAGGAAGCGAAAGAGGAGGAGGAGGAGGAGCAGAGGGAGGAGGAAGAUGAAGAGGAGAGGGAAGAGAAAGAAAAGGAAGAGGAGGAAGAAGAGGAGGAAGAUGACAAGGAUGAUCGGCCUCCUUCCCUGCUGUGGUUGAUGAAGAAGCUGUCGCUGAUGGCCAAGAGGGAGGCAGCGUACUCUCCCAAAGUUCCCCUGAAGAGAACGUGUGUGUUUAAGUUCCUGGGAGCGAUAGCCAUGGACCUGGGGAAGGAACGAAUCGGCCCCUAUCUGACUACUAUCAUCACUCCUCUGUACAGGGAGCUGGACAGCACCUAUGCAGACCAAGAUCCCACACUGAAGAACCUGGCGCAGGAGCUGAUAGAGCUGCUGAAGAGACAUGUGGGGCUGGAGAGAUUCUCUUUGGCCUUCUCUGCUGUCCAGAAGGAGUUUUCACAGAGGCGAGUGGCACGCAAACGACACAGAGCCAUGCAGGCGGUGGCUAACCCAGACAUCGCAGCCAAGAAGAAACUCAAGAAGCACAAGAACAAAAUCGAAGCAAAGAAGAGGAAGAUCGAGUUCCUUCGGCCUGGAUAUAAAGCCAAGAAGCACCGGAGCCAUGCGCUCAAAGAUCUGGCCAUGGUGCAGUGAGCCAUGUAUGUGGCUAAAUCUGGUUAUCAAGGACGCUAGGUGGGAAUGAAAGCUGGCCAGUCGACCCAGGAAAGUGACUCCUUUGACUGAGCAGGCAGGCAUUAGCUGGACACGUCCAGGAUCUUGUGGGCUACCUGGCUGCAGAUUCCACAAGUCUCUCUUCAUGAUGUUACGUAAUGACUUUUACUAUUUCAGUUAAUGUCAGCUGAUCAAGUAAACAUCACAUUGUGCCAGAAAAGACAGAAAGCAUGUUUCUCUCUGGUGGUUUGCCUCGAGCAUGUGAGAAACAAGGAUGUUGUGAAAACCCCAUCUAACCAUGCGAAAUAAAAUAAUACCCCGAGACAUCAUGUAACAGCUGUUACACAGCAGGAUGUCUCUGUAUUGCUAAUGACAAUUCAUAUAAAUUGCAGAUCAAAGCUGAACUGUUUUUGUUUGUUGUUUUCCUGCUGCGAGAAAAGUGUAGAAUUAUCCUCAGAUUUAUAUCCCGUGAACUGCAUGGGUAAGUGUACAACUUUUUGUAAUUAAAAAAUAUCUGACAUUUGUACCUAU